CAUUUCCUUAACAAGGGAACGAUAAUAUAUUCAUAUACAUAUACUUAUAAAAGUGUUUCAUGUACGGAGAAAUUCAAAUGGAUAUCAGACGUAAUCCAAUGUGUUUGGUUCAUCCCCUGGAGUAGGGUUUUAGUACGUAAAGCUUAGGUAUCCAGAUCUGUCUUCUGUUUCCUGUAUAACAAUCUAGGUUCUGAAAUAAUAGGACAAGAUGGCGGCACGAGUGUUAGACCCAACAGAGUAUGACAAGUUAGAGAAGGAAUUAGAGGUUGCCUUACCUGUUUCUUUGAUUGCUUACACUCACUUUAAAUUGUUGAGGAGAGGAAUAUUGACUGAUAAAACAGUCCUGGUGGACACCUGGCCAGAAUUUUCUGCUGUUGUUAUUGUUAAUAGCAAGAAAAAGAAGACAAUUGCGUGGGCAAUCUGUUUCUGUAAAGAUUCAGAUUUUUGCCAAUCUCUGGAAAACUUGCUGCGACAUGCCUCCACAGUGCUAGAAUCACCUUUAGCCACUGCAGGCUGCACCGAGGAAUUGAUAGAUUCCGUGGUCAAAUUAUUCAAAUCUGCAGAAUCCAGUCCAAUUCGAGAUGAAGACGAGAAUGCCUAUGUCUAUAAACUUCCAGCUGAUAGGAUUCUUCCUCUAAAAAUUCCCGAUGGAUUCAAGUUAUCCGAAUUACAGCAAGUUCACUUAGAAAAUAUUCUCAAUUCAUGGCCCUAUAGGGAUGACUAUGAAAAAUACGCAGACUUGCGACCAUGGAUACGUUAUCACAUAGAUAAUUUACCAACAGUCUGCAUUGAAACCGAGGAUGGCCGACCCGUUGCCUGGCAGAUCCAGCAGGAAUAUGGUGGGGUCGGAAUGUUACAUGUCGAGCCAGAAUACAGAAGGCUUAAACUGGGAAGUGUCGUCACAAGGACACUAGCUGAGAAACUGGUAAAGGACGGGCAAUUAGUUUUUGCUUGUGUGGAUGACAAAAAUGACACAUCUGUGACUUUCCAUGAAAAUAAUGGAUUCAUACGCUUGCCAUUUAAAUAUUCUUUUGCAAUUUACCAUUUAUAAUUUAAUUGUUUUAUUGUGAUAAUAUUUGAACGACAGAUUGA